GCCAUCCACUCUUUCGACAUCACUACCACCGGCCACCCCAGGCACUGCCUACUACUGCUGCCACUCAGACCGGAGGAACUGCCAGGCCACCCGCUGCACCCAGCACCCUCCACUGCAUUGGCAACUCGCGCACUCGCAGUCCAGUGCACCUUGGCCCCCCCCCGUCUUUCCCCCUUCCUCCCAUCCACAAGUCGCAUCAUGGACUCGUCUUCAUGAGCAUUACAUCACAAGGAUGCCGUCCACAAAGAACGCCAACGGCGAAGGCCAUUUCCCCUCGCGCAUCAAGCAAUUCUUCCGCAUCAAUUCCGGCUCCAAAGACCACAAGGACCGCGAUGCCCACACCACCUCCAGCUCCCACGGCGGAGCACCACGCGCCGACGCCAAGACGCCCUCCGGCUUCCGUCAAUCCCGUUUCUUCAGCGUCGGCCGCCUUCGCAGCACCACGGUCGUGAGCGAGGGCAAUCCGCUCGACGAAUCCAUGAGUCCGACCGCACACGCGAACCCGUAUUUUGCCCACCAGGGCCAACCGGGCCUGCGCCAUCACAAUGACGGCUCGGUUCCGCCCAGCCCGCCCGACACGCCCUCACUCAAGGUCGACGGCCCCGAAGGCUCGCAGCAGCCCACGGCGGCCACAAAAGAAGAGCUUGCGAGGAAACUGAGGAGAGUCGCCAGUGCUCCCAACGCUCAAGGCCUGUUUUCAAAGGGUCAGGGCAACGGCGAGCGCCCUGCCACGGCCGAACUCAGCAAGGAGCCGCUCGAGGAGAGCAAGGAUUCCAACACCGUCGGUUUCGCAGAGCAAAAGCCCAACAACGAUUCCUCUACAAGUCUGGCUGCGCCCGAUGCCGAUGGUCUGGGAGCGCUGCCUCCUCCCAUCCGUCAGUCGCCGCUCGCCUUCCGCCGAACAUAUAGCUCCAACUCCAUCAAGGUCCGCAACGUUGAGGUCGGCCCCCAGAGUUUCGACAAGAUCAAGUUGAUUGGCAAGGGCGAUGUCGGCAAGGUAUAUCUAGUCAAGGAGAAGAAGAGCGGGAGGUUAUAUGCCAUGAAGGUUCUGAGCAAGAAGGAAAUGAUCAAGCGUAACAAGAUCAAGAGAGCCUUGGCCGAGCAGGAAAUUCUCGCGACAAGCAACCAUCCCUUCAUCGUGACCCUGUAUCACUCCUUCCAAUCCGAGGACUACCUUUACCUUUGCAUGGAAUACUGCAGCGGUGGCGAGUUCUUCAGAGCUCUACAGACACGUCCCGGCAAGUGUAUCCCCGAGGACGAUGCUCGCUUCUACGCCGCAGAGGUGACUGCUGCGCUUGAAUACCUGCAUCUUAUGGGAUUCAUCUACCGGGAUCUCAAGCCAGAGAAUAUCCUACUGCAUCAGUCUGGACAUAUCAUGCUUUCAGAUUUCGAUCUGUCCAAGCAGUCCGACCCGGGCGGCAAGCCAACCAUGAUUAUUGGCAAGAACGGCACGAGUACGUCGUCGUUGCCGACCAUCGAUACCAAGUCAUGCAUAGCAAACUUCCGCACAAACUCCUUUGUGGGCACAGAAGAGUAUAUCGCACCAGAAGUGAUUAAGGGCAGUGGGCAUACUAGUGCAGUCGACUGGUGGACGCUCGGAAUUCUCAUCUACGAAAUGCUGUACGGUACUACCCCCUUCAAGGGUAAGAACCGUAACGCAACGUUCGCCAACAUCCUCAGGGAAGAUAUUCCCUUCCCUGACCAUGCCGGCGCGCCGCAAAUAUCAAACCUUUGCAAAUCACUCAUACGCAAAUUGCUUAUCAAGGACGAGAAUCGUCGUCUAGGUGCCCGUGCUGGUGCAUCCGACAUCAAGACUCAUCCCUUCUUCAGGACGACACAAUGGGCUCUGAUCCGUCACAUGAAGCCGCCCAUUGUCCCGAACCAAGGUCGCGGCAUUGAUACACUGAACUUCCGCAACGUCAAGGAAAGUGAGAGCGUGGAUAUCAGCGGGUCCAGGCAGAUGGGCCUUAAAGGAGAACCACUCGAAAGUGGGAUGGUAACACCAGGCGAGAAUGCCGUUGAUCCAUUCGAAGAGUUCAACAGCGUUACAUUACAUCACGACGGGGAUGAAGAGUACCACUCUGAUGCUUAUGAGAAACGAUAAGGGCGUUUCGGGAGGUCCCAACUCCUGGUCGUUUUUAUUGAGGGCAUUUUCAGCUGGUGAGGAUCGCAAUCAAUUGAUGGCUCCGUCAUCUCUCGCUCCUCUGCCUUGCGUUCUGUCGCAGGGCGCGUCCCAUGGCGACACUCAUUUGGCGCUCUGCACUGUGUUUCCUGUUUUCUGUUUUACUACUUGCAGAGCUGAAACAUACCUGCCUGCAGCGUAGUUUCUCGUUCUUCUCGUUCACACAUCUCACUCACUUUAGACUGACACGUGGACACGAGUGCUCAGAGGACUUUGUUUAAGGGGUUUGGCUCACCAUAUUCAUUUCUAUCUUCAUUUGAAGGAGUUUCAUGGCGGUGGCGUUUUUUUUUUUUUUUCUGUUUGC